GACGCGCGCGGCCCGAGGCAGCUGGGCCCUGAGGCGGCGGGGGCGGCGGCGGCCCAAGCCUCGCAGCGCAGCCGAGCCGCGACCUGCGCUUGGACCCCGCGCUCGGCGGGCUGCUCUCCGGGGACUAGCGCAGCCCGCGCUCGCCGAGGCUUUGUCACUCGCCUCCAGCUCCAUCCGCGGGCUGUGGCUGCGCGAGCCUCGAGCCCUCCCGGUCCGGCGGUCCAUCCCCCCCACCUCCACCCCGCCCCAUCUCAGCCGGGGCAGCGGGAGCGCGAGCGGACCGCCGCGGAGCAUCCUUCGCCCAGGCCGGCCGCGCCACCGCCCAUGCCGCAGCCACUCCGAGGCUGCGACCGCGCGGCCGGAGCCCGCCGCUCGGUGACCUCAGCCUGGCCUCUGCGCGCCGCCCGAGUCGGCCCCGCUGAACCCCGGGCCCGGGAACGGGACCCGCGCCCCGCGAUGGCUCGGCUGGGGCUGAGCGGCGCCGAGUGCUCGCUGUCCGCCCGUUGAGGCGCGCCCGACUGGGGACCGGCGGGGCCUUGGCGCUCCCCGCCGCGCCCUUCCCCCUCUGGGAGCUGCGCUGCUGUUUCCCGGGGGUGAGGGGACGGGGGCCCGAGACAAAGCCCACUUUGUGCGGGGAGUUGGCCGCGGGCGUGGAAUGAGCGCGUCGGCGCGCGCCCCCUCCCCGCGCCCAGCCAGCUGCGAGUCUUGGCUCCCCCGCUCGUCGCAUCGAAGAAAGCGCGCCUGCCUCCUCGCCACCAUCCGGUUCGGGGGUCCCGGCUCCGAGCUGAUGCGGCCAGGAGUCGCCUCGGUACCCCCCGGAGCGCAGGCUGCCUUGAGCGUGCGAUAUUUUGCAGAGAAAUCUGUUCUCUCCAAAACUAGGACUUGGGGAGCCCGGUCGGCCUGAGCACCGGUGCCUUGACCCUCUGUGGCCGCAGGUCGGAGCUGUUUGGCCUCAGUUUCCCUCCGACUUUUCUCUCUGCAAGCCCAGACUGCUGCCGUCAUUGUUCUCGCUGUCAAAUGGGGGAGCUUUGUGAAGGCUGCCAACUUGGGGUGUGUUCUCUUUAUUCCGUUUCACAAAAAGAACAAAGCCUCUAAGGCUGACCCCAGACAACCACCUCUCUAUCCCCUACUUCACGUUGAGGCACUGAUUUUUUUUUUCUUAUCGAGUAGUAUUUUAUUGUACAGGAGCCACGCCCUGGUUUCUUAAAGGCGCCUUACGCUCUGUUUGGCCAUGUGUUAUCUCUGCAGCUGGUGUGUGGGAGAACCCCUGUGAGCCACCUAUUUUUUUCCUGCCUCCUAAUACAUACUCCCACCCCCAUCAAGGAUUUGGGGAUGCCCGGGGGGAAGAAAGUGGCGGGGGGUGGCAGCAGCGGCGCUGCCCCCACUGCCUCUGUCACCCCCUCUGGGGUCAGACGUCUGGAGACCAGCGAAGGGGCCUCAGCCCAGAGAGAUGAUGAGCCAGAAGAGGAAGGGGAAGAGGACCUGCGAGAUGGAGGCAUCCCCUUCUUUGUCAACCGGGGUGGGCUGCCUGUGGACGAGGCCACCUGGGAAAGGAUGUGGAAGCACGUGGCCAAGAUCCACCCCGAUGGAGAGAAGGUGGCCCAGCGGAUACGUGGGGCCACAGACCUGCCCAAGAUUCCCAUACCGAGUGUGCCUACGUUCCCGCCCUCUACGCCUGUCCCUGAGCGCCUGGAAGCCGUGCAGCGCUACAUCAGGGAGCUGCACAGGUACAAUCACACAGGAACACAGUUCUUUGAAAUUAAGAAGAGCAGACCUCUGACAGGGCUGAUGGACCUGGCCAAGGAAAUGACCAAAGAGGCUCUGCCAAUCAAAUGCCUGGAAGCCGUGAUCCUGGGAAUUUACCUCACCAACAGCAUGCCCACCCUGGAGCGCUUCCCCAUCAGCUUCAAGACCUACUUCUCAGGGAACUACUUCCGCCACAUCGUGCUGGGGGUGAAUUUUGGCGGCCGCUACGGGGCGCUGGGCAUGAGCCGGCGUGAGGACCUGAUGUAUAAGCCGCCUGCCUUCCGCACGCUCAGCGAGCUUGUGCUGGACUACGAGGCCGCCUACGGCCGCUGCUGGCACGUGCUCAAGAAGGUGAAGCUGGGCCAGUGCGUGUCCCACGACCCGCACAGCGUGGAGCAGAUCGAGUGGAAGCACUCGGUGCUGGACGUGGAGAGGCUGGGCCGCGAGGACUUCCGCAAGGAGCUGGAGCGCCACGCCCGCGACAUGCGGCUCAAGAUUGGCAAAGGGACCGGCCCUCCCUCCCCCACCAAGGACCGGAAGAAGGAUGUUUCCUCCCCCCAGAGGGGCCAGUCCAGCCCCCACCGCAGGAACAGCCGCAGCGAAAGGCGGCCAUCGGGUGAGAAGAAGCCUUCUGAGCCCAAAGCCAUGCCAGACCUCAAUGGGUACCAGAUUCGGGUGUGAGGCAUGGGGCAGUACCCCAGCCUUGCCACUUCCGGGGGCCAGCAUCCAUCUGCCAGAACCAGCCUCGUUCGUGGGGAGGGAGGGGCUGGUGAUGGGGGGGCAGGGCAAGAGGCAGCAGGAAGAGCCUGUCUCAGCUCAGCCACCCAAGCUGCUGCCCCUCUCACUGGGCCAAGACCCCUAACUUUGGGCCAAGAAGCAGUUAGUAUUUUAUUUGGAGUUUUUAACCCAAUAACUGAAGUUUAAAGUGUUUGGGGAAAGCUUAAAAAACUAAUGGAUCUGCCCAUCGCCAGAAGGCCAGUACUUAGGAGAUCUAAGUCCCACAAGGCUAGGCAAGGAGGGGUUGCUGGCUCUGCUGGCGUCUCUCUGGGACUUGAAUCCAUCCAGUCUGUGGGAAAUCUCCCAGCCCCACUUAGCCUGCGGCAGGAGGGAUGGAGGUGUUCCUCCAGUUCUGCCUGCCGUGGCAGAAUCUUGACCCAGGGAACGGGAAGCAGGGUAGAAAUCAUCCUGGGAAAGGGCUGUGUAGCCAGUAUCAGGAACUUGGCACAAGGCCACAUCUGCCCCAAGAACAGAGCCCAGGGCCCGGGAGAGCCCUCGUGCCCUUGUGGCCCAUGGACAGUGCUGUGCGGGCUAUAGGAGAGCCCAGGAGAGACUCUGUGGGGAGAGAUCCCAGGCCCCUACCUGGUCCCCUUGCUUAGUCCAGCUCUGCCUAUUGCUGGAGCUAGGGGACUCCCUGCAGAGGGGCUGGGCUUUGCCAAAGGCCCAGAACUGCACUGGGCUCAGUGUGACUGUAGGGACUGAGCCAACCUGGUGGGUCCAGGAACUCUGGCUGGGGAUAGAGUGGGACACUCAGGCCUGGGGCUAUCCCCUGCCAGUCCCCAAGGGUUGGGAAGAGGCACUGCUACUCCCCCCUUUCUGUUACCUCAGUCCUUGCUGUGAAAAGAAGACCCAAUCAGGAUGCCUGUGCCUCAGGCCUAUCUCCCCACAUUCAGCAGCCCAUCUAGGUUUGGGGGUACCAGGGAUGAUCACGGCUUGUCAGGGAAGAAUCUGAACAGCCGGGAGUCUGCACAGCCUGCCUGUCAAGUGUGAGAUACCUGGCGGGCGAGUGAGAAGUGGGAAGAAGUUGGCAGGGUUGGGAGAAGGUUCUAGAAGCUGAAGCAACAAGGUGGUGGUAGGACAAGUGUGCAGCUGGCCACACAGAGGAGCAGAGCCUGGGGACAGGGGAGUGUAAGUGAGAGAAGGAUGCGGGGAGAGUUGAGAAUCAGGCUGCUUGGGGAAUAGUGAGUUCUCUGCUGCUGGCAGUGUCCAAGCAAAGCCUGCAUGGCUACUUGUCGGGAAGCUGUAGAGGGGAUUCAGGUGAUGGAAAGGCAGCUGGGUAUGAUGACCGGUAAGGUUUCUUUUCACCAAGAGGCUGUGAUUCAGCCAGGGCCUGGGCCCUGGAAAAAGGAGGAUCAGAACCAGAGUAGUAAGCUCACAGGCCCUCGGGGCCAGGCGGGGGCUGAGGCGGGCUGCAGGGCUGGGUGUGCACUGUGGCGACUGAAGCCGCUACUCCUGCUCCGCUGUUCUCAGAGAGGGGCCCUGCCUCGCCAGACAGUCUGAUUUUUUUUUCCCCAGAAGCCAGAACACUGGAUUUUUGUGUGAAAUAUCCUGACUUUUAAAUGUUGGCAAUCAGUUCAGAAAACUUAAAAACCCAACAUGAAAGAGGAUGCCAGUUUGUAAUCUGAGGUAGAGAGCACUUGUGCUGGGUAGAAGUCCACGGAGAGGCUUUGAGGUGGAAAUCGUGAAAGUUCUAGGCUUCCCAGGGCGGGCUGGGCCAGGGCAGGGUCCUUGCCACAGAAGCUGCUCGCAGGGAGGGCAGCUGGCCCAUGUCUGUCUUCCUUAGUCUCCUUGCAGACCAGAGACCCACUAGGGUCACCAGCAGGGGUGGAGUGGAGACCGGGGAGAUGGAUGGGGUGAGAGAACCGGAGAAAAGAGGGAGGGAGGGAGACAGGAUGCUUUUGCUAAUGCCAGUGCGGUCAGGGAAGCACCGGAGGCUGGCGGCUCUUCACACCAGCAGCUUGGGCCCGGAGCCAGGCCCAGCAGGAAGCCAACUGGGCAGUCCCUCGGGUUCCUCAGGGUUCACCAGGCCCUGCAGAGGCACCUAACCUGCCCCCGGACUGUACCCCAGCCAGGCCAAUUCCAGGGCCAUUGUGACCCCUGACUCACCAUCCCAUCCCAUCCUGGUUCUCAGGGCGUGGGGUGGCCUGAGGCAGAGGUGGCUCACUUGGGGAGGUGUGCUGCUGGAAACGAGCAAGGCCUUUCCCGGGUCUACAUGUGAGUGCCUCGUGCAAGCCACUCAUCAGCAGGGGAGGGGACUCAGACAUCAGAGGGGAGGAGACGGGAGGAAACUGCUCAGCCCACAGGCUCCUUCCCACAGCGGUCUGGGAGAAGGAAGUGGAAUGAGGCCCACCCUGUUGCUGCCCGCAGGAGGGAGCUGAUCACCCUGAGCUGGGAGCCCCCAGCACACCCUCUCCGCGCUGAGACCUCGGGCCUGUGAAGGCCACCACAGGAUACAGCGGUGCUUUUUAAUUUAUUUUUAACAUUUUCUCCUAUGUAGCAAGCCCUCCUCCCCUCCUGAGCGUGUUUACACAGGCUCUGCUCCCCGGGGCUGGCCUGACUGCAGAGUUUCUGGGGAGGCAGAGGAAGGGACCUUGGGGCCUUAGUCACCAUCCUUGGUUUCACCUCAUCCUACUUCCUGUGAGGAACAGGGGCCUGGCUCCUGACUCAGGACUGCCUUCCAGCACUCAGUGGGGGCUCCUCUGCCCCCAGGAGUUGUGGGGCUGCUGGCCGAGGAGGCCCCAAGGUGAGGUCAGAAAAAGCUGCUUAAUGAAGGGUAGGGGUGGCAGUGAGUGCUCCCCAAAGCCCACCUCCUCGUGCUCAGUGCCAGCUCCCAACACUGGGAAGCUGGGUUUAGAGAGCCUUCCUGCCCACCUAACUGCCAGCCUCUCCCUCCCAUGGCCUCAACACAGUCAUGUUCACCUCACCCAUCAUGCCAGACCUCAUCCUUCCAGGGCGUAGACACGUGGGGAGGGUAGCAGCCCCCUGGCCGGGGAGUCACGAAGCCUGGAGCCGGGGUCCCGAGGAGCAGAAAGGGCCAUAAGCCAGCUGUGUCUGUUUUCUGGCCCUCUCUGUCAGCACACACCCUAAUUCCUUCCAUCUCAAACUUGACCUUCUGGCUCUGAGAUGGGGUCCAGUUUUGGUCAGCAGCAUGCCCGGAGGCCCAUGUGUCCAUGUGCACCUGGUCUCCUGCCUGAGUGUCUUUCUGGCUUUGAUGCACUAACAUCCCCAGCCCAUCCUCUGGCCUUGAACUGCAGGCAAGUGCAAGGCAGGCCAGCAUACUGUGUUCUUUGUGCCCGAGCACCCCUGUACUGAAGACUCCGUUCGCUCCCGCUGAGGAACCAGCUGAAGGGUGGGAGGGGGCCCGCCCCAGGCCGGGCAGUCUGCUGUGGUGCUAGCUGCAAGCCCAUCAGUGUUGACCCCCUUGCCACAUCCUAGUGCUCCUGAGCCCCAAGAUCCCCUUUCUCUCGGGUGUGCUUGGCCCAGGGGCCUGGUGAUGGGGGCCACCCCUCCCUCAAGCUUUGUGUUGGGCUGCCUGUGGGACCAGAUUUUGUCCUUCCUGCUCUUUCCAUGUCAGUAUUGCUCCCUCCUCUCUCACUUUUACACCUCUCUCAUCGCUGUGCUCACUUUUUUCCUAAAAUGAAUAAAAGCUUCCCGGCUCCGGUUGCAUGGGCCGGGCAGAAACCA